AGAAUUUAUUUUAACGUGUGUGCUUAUUAAACCGAAGUUUUUUGUUCUGCGAACAAAAUAAAAAUAAAUAUAAAUAAAUACAUUUUGUGCUGCCUCAAAUUUGUGUAAUUGCAAAAGAAACAAAUUGCUUAAGAUAAAACAAAAUCAUUGUUUCGACAUAUGAAUCAUAUUUAUCCCUAAAGAAAGUAGAUUCCUUUGAGGGUUGAUGAGUGGGUCACCGUUCUUUUUUAUAACCCUAGAAGCUCUGAGAGUCACUCCUAAUUUGUAAAAAAGGUCUAUAUUUAUAUAUUUGUUUCCUGAUAAGCGCGUUUUACAUGAAAUAACAAUUCAGUUUGAAACUUUAUAAAAAUCGACGUAUUUCCAAGUGCAACAUAAACCUCCGAAAUAAAAACAAAAAACAAGGCUAUUUAUUUUGCCUACCAUUCUUUCUGAAACAUUACGUGGAAAAUCGAUAAAAAUAGAUUUGAUAAAAGAAUUUGAUAAUUUGUCGUGCAUUAUUUUUCGUUGUGUGUGCCGUAAUAUAUAGACGGGAAGAAGGAAACAACAAGUCUGCGCAAAAAACUGUGCGUCUGUUUGUUUAUAUAUGUAAAAAACUGAACUUGGUCUGGUUUGUGACGAAAUUCUUUGAUAGUAAAAAAUAAUCAAUACACAUAUUUGCGCCUCCGGCUUAGAGGAAAAGGAAAUAAACGUUAUAAUUUCCUUUUUUAUAGCAAAACAAAAAAAAAUUCGAUAAAUAGCAGAGCAAAACAAAAACUCAUAAUAAAAAUUAAUUUAGUUGGUGCCAAAGAAGAACUUUUAUUUGGAUAUAUCAUUUGUUCUAUAUAGACUAUGGGCACAGAAACCAAGUUAAAUUGCUAUACAGAGAACACUACAUCUGCUGGUAUCGUACGUGUUCCAACAAAAGUUGCCACAGAUAAAACAUGCUCAAACAAUAAGACAUCGACAUCCUUUUCAAAUGUACCAUUUGUUCCAAUACACAUUGAUGAAAAUGACGUUAUCGAAGGUGCUAAACAAAUUAUAACAUCGAUUCGACCAUCAUGGAACCUGAGUUUUGUUCAGUUUAAGAAAUUCACCGAUGGGAUCACAAAUAAACUUGUUGGCUGUUUUUAUAAUCCACCAGAAGAUCAUAAUGUUGCUUCCCUCGCCAAUGGAGUUAAUGGUAUACACAUAUGUUCCGAAGAGUUAACUGCACAGAAUAUUGACAGUCCUGUCGAUGAAAACAACGACUCCGGAAAUCUCAGCGAUGCCGAAGCCGAUGCCGACACUGAUGCGGAGUCACAAAACUAUUCAAACACAAAUACAAGCAACCAAAAACAGAAAGACGUGAUACUUGUCCGCAUUUAUGGCAAUAAAACAGACCUGCUUAUAGAUCGCAAAGCUGAAACCAGGAAUAUUAUCUUGUUGCAUUCGUAUGGAUUUGCACCCACACUAUAUGCCACAUUUAAGAAUGGAUUGGUAUAUGAUUUUGUACCUGGCGUUACUCUCAAUACAGAGAGUGUUUUACUUCCCGAGAUAUGGUCGUUAGUGGCUCAACGCAUGGCAAAUAUGCACAGGGUUGUCAAGCCCGAUUGGAAUCGGAAUGAAAAACCCGUGCCAAUGCUGUGGAAAAAGACACAAAGUUUCUUUGACCUAGUACCUGAACGUUUCAGUGAUGCCGAAAAACAAAAUAGACUUGAGGGCGUAUUUUUACCUAUUAAACGCAUGCGCGAUGAAUUUGCCGAAUUGUAUAAGCAUUUGGAACGUUUGGACUCGCCGCUAGUAUUUGCACAUAACGAUUUAUUGCUGGGCAAUGUUGUUUAUACCGAAUCUCGUAAAACCGUCACAUUCAUUGACUACGAAUAUGCUGACUACAAUUUCCAGGCUUUUGACAUUGGCAAUCACUUUGCCGAGUUUGCUGGUGUUGAUACAGUGGAUUACACGCGUUAUCCCAGUCGAGACUUCCAAUUGAAAUGGCUCAGAGUUUACUUGCAAGCGUAUUUGCAAAAGAGCGAUGUGACUGAUGCUGAAGUGGAACGUCUGUAUGUACAGGUAAAUCAAUUUGCAUUGGCAGCACACUUCUUCUGGACAAUAUGGUGUCUCAUACAAGCCGAACAUUCCACACUCGAUUUUGAUUACGUUGAUUAUGCUUUCCUACGCUACAAUGAGUACUUGGCCCGGAAGGAUGAGUUCAUGUCCCUGGAUGAACGCUUACCAAAGUGCAAAAUAUAGAUGACGAAUGGCGGUUCGAAACUUUGUUAGGUUUCCCGCGUUAACUUGUUGGAACUUUUCAACAACAUACCCCGCCUAGCUACACAGAAAGGCGGCAUUUUUACAAAUACUACCUACCCCUUCCUUAUUGUAAACCAAAACUUACACAAAAUACAACAAACAUCAGCAUUCCGCCAGCAUUACUAAUUUUUCUAUUGAACGUUCGUUGUGUGUACUUUUUAAUAUUUUACGUUCUGAUUUAGUGUGAUGGAGAUUCUUCAGCCUAGUGUAACACAAAAAUGUUUAAACCGGGAAAACAAAAUUCUGUACUUCUAAUUUAUUGUUAAUGUGAAUAUUAUUUUGCCUCGGGCUGUGUAUGAUUAUUUUUUAAUCAAAUCGUAUUGACAUCAUUAACUGUACACCAAAUGAAAUGAUUAAUUGUACAGAGUCAAUCAAUCUUGUGAUUUAGUUUGUUGUAUUUAGUUAUAUAUGUUUUUUUAUUUUUAAUAAGAUAGGUACCAUUGUUUUCAACUAUGUCGUAUCAUCCAUGUUGGUGAUGAAUGUUUCGCUCAGAACAGACAACAAUCGGUUUUUGAUUUUUGAAUUUAUUGUUUUUAUUUCCUUCUGCGUCUGCCUAGUAACUUACUUUUUACCCAAAUGUGAUGAGCUAUUUCUUUUUUUAUACAAUUGAUUAAAUACCAUCUUGUCCAUUGUACCUUUGAGUUGUGUUUGUAGAGUAAGUCAGUCGCCAGAGAAUUAUAGAAUUUAUGGUACUAUUAUUCUCCUUAUGUAUGUACGUAUGUCUACUUCUAAGAUUUCCUUCAGCAAUUUUGUGCAGCAACAAAUAAUAAUAACAAUAAUAAUUAGGCAAACAAACAAACGAUGUUAUAAUUGUAAAGUUUUUUAUCGUUCUCAAAUUUAUCAUAUACAUUUACAAUACGACACAUAUAUUUGUUUUGUUUACUCUAUAUUUAUACAUAUAUUAAAUAAAUAAAAUGAAAAGGUAUCAUGA